AGAGAACGCACUUCAUGCGCGGAGUACAACUUUUUGUAGAGAGUAAUCAUUUUGAGAAACUAUUCAAUUAUUGAAGUUGAACUCGUAAUCAAGCUCCCUCGUGCUCUCUCCUCCUUGAAGAUGAAAAGUUUGGCGAGUGCUGUUGGUGCCAAGACGGCGAGGGCCUGCGACAGCUGCGUGAAGAGGCGGGCACGGUGGUACUGCGCCGCCGACGAUGCUUUCCUAUGCCAAUCUUGCGACACUUUAGUCCACUCAGCCAAUCUUCUCGCUCGCAGGCACGAGAGAGUUCUUUUGAAGUCUACCUCAAUGCAUGGCAACCACAACCACUCAUCAUCACCUUCUUCUCCUUUGCAUGAAGCUGCGACGUGGCAUCACGGGUUCACUCGUAAACCUCGUACUCCACGUGGCUCCUCUGGUAAGAAGAAUAAUAAUUUGUCGAUAUUUCAUGAUUUGGUUCCCGAGAUUAGUGUUGAGGAUCAUACGGACAGCUACGAGCUUGAGGAACAGCUGAUCUGUCAUCAAGUGCCGGUUCUUGAUCCAAUGGUGGUUGAGAAGUUAUUAAACGAUGUCGUUGAGUCCAAGGUCGAGUUUCCUAUGGUGAGAAGUGGUGUAAUGAUGGAUGAUCAGGAGGACGAAGAUAACGCUGAGAGUUGUUUAAAUGGUUUUUUCCCGACCGACAUGGAGCUUGAAGAGUACGCUGCUGACGUGGAGACUCUACUCGGUCGCGGGUUAGAGACAGAGGAACUAGGGUUAUCUAAUAUAGAAAUGUUUAAAAUAGAAAAAGAAGAAACAAUAGACCGAGAUGGAACGGUGCCGUUUGAGAUGAGCUUUGAUUACGAGUCACACAACACAUACGAAGAAGAGGCAAUAAAGAGUGAUGAAUGUAUUAAGGUGAAGGAGGAAGAGCAAAAGAAUGUUGUGAUGUUGAGAUUAAACUACGACUCGGUGAUAUCAACUUGGGGAGGCCAAGGUCCACCGUGGACAUCAGGAGUGCCACCAGAACGUGACAUAGACAUCAUCAGCGGUUGGCCAGUUGUUUCCAUGGGAGACAAUGCUAGAGAAAAUCAUCAGAAGCAUCAGGUUGGUGGAUGUUUAACCUCAAGUGGGUUUGGAGAUGGAGGAAGAGAAGCUAGAGUCUCAAGGUACAGGGAGAAGAGGAGGACAAGAUUGUUUUCGAAGAAGAUAAGGUACGAGGUACGUAAACUUAAUGCAGAGAAAAGACCUCGAAUGAAAGGAAGAUUCGUUAAGAGAGCUUCCCUUGAUGUUUCUGCUGUAAACUCACCAUUAUGUGUGAAUUACUGAACAUUCUUGUUAUAUCUCACUUUCCCCUUUUUCAAAUAAAAAAAGUUAAAAAGUUUUUUGUGAGUUUUUUCUUCUUCUGCAACGACAGAAGGUUUUUUUUACACUUAAUUGUGCUUUCUGGGCUUGGUAUGUACAUAGGAAAACCAAUAAUGUGACUUUCUUUGUAUCCAUAGAACUGAUGUAUGUCUAUAUUAUCUGGUAAUAAAAGUGUAACAA